AUGUCAGGUGAUGAAAGCUUUGCUAAAAGACUUCAGGAUAUAGAGUUAGCUAAUUAUUGGAAUCAUGAUCAAAAAGUAAAUGAAGAGAUAAAACAGCCAAUGCCUCUAGAAAUUAAUGAAAACAACGAUAAAUCUGAACCUGCUCAGGCAAAUAAUGAAGUUCCAGCUCCUGCUGAAAUUGAUGAAGAACUUCUUAAAAUUAAAACGUUUGGAGACUGAAAUUUCAGAUUUAAUAUCACUGAUGGGAUAUUCGUGUUCAUGUAUGGUGUAGGCGGUUUAUUUAUACUUUACCUAUUGAUAGUUUUGCCAAUCAUUUGAUGCUGCUUCUAUCGCAGAUUUUAUUGAAUUUUACCUUUUUUACAGCAAUUUUAUGUUUUGGGAACUAUAAUUCUGAGAGCUGUUUUGGUAGUUAUUAUAAAGGAUAACACAGCUUUUGUAAUUAUAGAAUGCAUCAUAAUUGGAUUGGAUUUCUUAUAUUUCUGAUUUCUUUUAAAAUAUAUGAUGCUUCUGCCUAAGUUGGAUUCAUCCGAGAGAGCUGAGUUAUUGAAAUAUAUUAAGGAUAGUAAAAAGACUAAGAAAUCAGAAGAAAAAAAUAAAGUUUAA